AUGCCGACAACGGUGCUCUACCACGGCGAUCAACUCGGCCCCCGCCCCCUCGUUAUUCUCGACCAUAGUGUCGCUCGGUUGGAGCAGUCCGCGACGGCCGUGCUAGAUGCGUGUCAGGAGGCCGCGAAGAGAUACGAAGCAAUGCUCUCUUCGCUUGCAUGGGACCACGGCGCCGUCUUCGUUCCACUGCAGGUGUCCAUUGGCGAGAUCAACGUGAUGGAGCAGUCCUGCCGCCACGUCUGUGCCGUGCUGGAUGCGAUGGACGUGCAGUGGAGUCACGUGCUGGCGCACUCUUACGGUGCUUUGGUGGCAGCUCGCAUGGCUGCGUCGACUGCGUAUCCGCAUCGCAUUGGGUCCCUGCUGCUUCUGGACACCCCACUGGUGACGGAACAACUCGUGCGCAACACGAAGCAGCGAGAGGAGAUCGCAAAGGCGAAGAAGGACGUCAACGUGCCUCCCGCCGAGCUCUCGUUCGCCAUCGAGUCGCUGAGAAGUGCCCUGGAGACAACUCUGCCGUACCCGGCAGCGGUGGAUAAGUCUCUCUACGAGGAUCACCUCUUCUCCUCAGCCUCUGUCUUUCGGGAAAAGGGCCUGGUGCGAGAUGAGCACCGCUACGUGCCCGUGCGGCACCUCGCUCAGGUGCACCACCCUCUUCAGCUGCUUGUGCCGGUAAAACAGCCCAUUACAGAUGUUGCAAUUCAUAGGGAGUUCUUUGGCCUGCGAAGGCCGGCCGUCAUUAAGACAGCGGAUAAUCACGAGGAUUUGUUCUCCGCGAAGUGCGCAGACGAGGUGGCGGAUGUGGUGCGGGCAUGGAUGCAGCGGUUCGAGCCGGACGUUGUCAUGAAGCGGCGCUUCGAGAAGGCCGCGAAGGAGAUGGUGCAGCUCAUGGGCAGCAGCGCGUCGUUUGGCGAGAAGGGCGGUGGAAACAUCGAGAAGUCGGAGAAGAAGGAAAAGAGGAAGGGCAGGCAGUAG